UAUUCUUAUUUACAGCUGGUGACAGAGUCAAGUUUGGGUUCCCGAUGGCUUUCACGGCCACUAUGUUGGCUUGGGGCCUCAUAGACUUCGCUGAAGGAUACGAAAUUGCUGGACAGACUGAGUACGGUCAAGUAGGAGUCAAGUGGGCCACAGACUACUUCCUGAAAGCUUACACAGCCAAGAAUGAGUUCUACGGUCAGGUGGGAAAAGGAGACAUAGAUCAUAAUAGUAACGCUGGUCGUCCUGAGGACAUGACCAUGGAGAGACCUUCCUAUAAAAUCGACGAGGAACAUCCAGGAAGUGAGUUGGCUGGAGAGACAGCGGCCGCCCUGGCAGCAGCAUCCAUAGUCUUCAAG